AUGAAGGCCACUUUCUUCGUCGCUCUUGCUGCUGUUUUCGUUGCCACUGUCUCUGCUGCUGGACAUCGCUCGGGUGUUGAUCAGGAAACUAAUGGCGUUGGCAAUGAAGGUCGCGUCAGUGGUAUUUUAAACAAUCUCCUCAAAGGUGGUCUUUUGGCUGACUCCAGCAAGGGUUACGGUGUUAGACAAGAUGCCUUUUAA